UGCAAAUUGUGCUGAGGAUGAGUCCGGUGGAGACUAGGAGGAAAUAGGGAAGAACCACUUUGCGAAACAGGCCAUAAACCAAACUUCUCGAAGUCAGGACGAGACACACGAUGCACCCCGAGGUCGCAAUCCACUCUGGAGAGUUACUUAUUACUAGUAAAUACCAGCCGGCUACGCACGGCUCUCUACUACUCUCUACCAGCAUGUAAAGCGUAGAACAGCGAGAGAGAGAGAGAGCCACGUCCAGCCAAGCCAAGUCCACGGAGGAGCUCAUUACCGUCAGUUUUUCACCACUCGCAAGGAAAUAAUUAACGAAAAAAUGAUAAACGAGGAACAUUUGACCAUUAAUGAUGUGCCGGCAGAUGAACCAGUUUUUUUCUUUGAAAACGACGGACUUAUUGGCACGAGGACAAAGGAUGAAAUGACACUGAUGAAUCCGGAUCAUUACGAAAUCCACACUUUGCUCGGUUUGAAGUGGAAAGACCCCUCGAAGAAAACACGUGAAAUCACGUUCGGGUUGACUGGUCUCAGGGACAAGAAACAGGCCGUCAAAACUGAAAUCAGAAUGGCAAAUCUCCGAACGACUUUUAACCCUCUUAAACCUCAUAAGGGAUGCUCAUAUCUGGACACCAUUAAUCCCGAAUAUUCGGCUGAUAAGGAUGAUUUCCUUAACAUAGAAAUCUUUUCUGAUAGUUCAAAGACGGCCAUGCAAAUCAAGGAAUACCUACGAGAAAGAUUUGAUGCCCCUGGAUCUUUUAGGGGUACACCAGCCGCUAUUUGUUUGCGGAAUGUGUGGCAUAUUCUCGACCCAUUGAUUGAGAAAUACGAUUUCAACGUUGACAUGCCGCCGGUUCGGGUCAAAAGAACCGACAAACCAGUAAGAAGGGAGAAGAAAGUGAAAGCUCCUAAACCACUGCAGGACAAAAAAGGAAGACGUUUACGACAUUGUCCCCAAUGUCAUUUCUCGACUUAUCGUCAACAACAUCUGAACGAGCAUUUGCUGAUUCAUUCUGGCUUGAAACCUGAGAAAUUCCCUACAUGUUACAAAACGUUUCGAACUAAAGCUAACGUUUAUAACCAUCAGAAAAUAUGUGGGAAGUUAACCCGACCUAAAAUUGGAUAUAAAACUUUACUGCAAAGAAGGCAGAAAACACCGGAAAUCCCACCCCAACAAUCCCAAUCACCGAAAGAAAUAGUCUGCAAUUUCAAUCUGUCUUGGCCAGAAUUUAGUGAUGAUUCUGAAGAUGAAGAACGGACUGAUGUAAGCAAGCUCCAAGAGAAAGUUAAACAGCAGAAACAGAAAAUCCAAGAACUCCAUCCAGAGCUAAAAAGAUACCAAUAAUCUCUCAUUCGCAACCACGAUCCAAUUGUUAAUAUGAAUAUUAGCCACAAUGUUUCCUUGUACAUUAUUUGUUUUGUUACGAAUAAAUUGGAUCAACUCGGACACUUUCUGGGACACAAUACAAAAGAAAA